ACGUUUCCUAGCCGUAACGAGUCAGUCGAGUUCCGUCCGUCGUGGGCUACACACGCAAGCCAGCUAGAUCGGGGUUGUGUUUUCCCGCGAGAUCGCGAUCGCGCCAAGAAAAGUUUUUGGAAGAGUUCUGUACCUCGCUCAGUAAGAACUUCAAGCAAUGAUCCUACGAAGCGCAUGGCUUCUGGUGACCACGCUGGCCAUGGGCUUGGCCAGCCCACAGCAGUUGUCACAAUCCUUUGGAGGGCAGACCUUCGGCAAACAGCUCAAGUCCGUCACGCAGUGGAACUCGCUGGACUUUGUGUUCAACUCGCCGCAGGAACGGCAGGAAGCGUUGACCGCUGGGCGGUUCAUUCCGGAGAACUGCAUCCCGCUGGACAUGGACGUUGACUACAACAGUAAUGCCAUACGAUCGCGUGUGUUUGUCACGGUACCGCGAUUUAUCGAGGGCAUUCCGGCGACGCUGGGCAUCAUUUCGACCCAGCAGGGCGCUACGGGACCGUUGAUCGAGCCCUACCCGAACGCAGCUAUUCAAGCGAAUCCGGAGGACCCUCGCUGCGAAGGGAUCGUGUCGGUGUUCAGGACCAUGAUCGACGAGUGCAACCGGCUGUGGAUCGUGGACACCGGUAAGAUCGGCGAUCGCCGGAUCUGUCUGCCGAAGAUUGUAGCGUUUGACCUUCGAACCGAUCAGAUCAUCCAUCAGUACCAGAUCCCGGCUAGUCAGCUCGUUUGCGACGUGUCGCUGCUUGUGAGUAUUCUCGUGGACGUCCGCGAUCCCCCUCCGCUAGGAACCUGUUCGAACACGAUGGCCUACAUCGCGGACGUGACCGGCGCUGGACUGAUUGUGUACGACAUGUCGCGUGGAAAAUCCUGGCGCGUAACCAACAAGUUGAUGAACCCCAACCCGGACUACGGAACGUUCACGAUCGCCAACGAGAGCUUUGACCUGAUGGACGGCAUGAUCAGUAUGGCGCUAAGUCCGAAACUCCCCGCAGACAUCCGAACGUCCGACUUUACCUUCAACUCGGCUUACGGCACCGCCAAACCGAACAAAUCGCCCGUCUUGAACGAUCGUCUGCUGUUCUUCCACGCGCUCGCAUCGGUCGCGGAGAAUGCCGUCCGCACUUCAGUCCUCCACAACGAUACCAUGUGGGAGGAGGACGUAGGUGCCAAUCCACGCGCGUUCCGCGUCAUCGGUCGUCGGAACUCGCAGAGCGCACCGGAAGCGAUGGACAGCAAUGGCAACCUGUACUUUGGGCUGCUCAACCAGAUGGCGAUCGGGUGCUGGGACUCGACGACCAACUACAACCCGAGCAACAUCCGGAUCGUGUCGCAGAAUCUGGACACGCUGCAGUUCCCGAGCGGCGUCAAGAUCGUCCGAAACCGGAAGGGCGUCGAGGAGCUGUGGGUGAUGACGUGUCGCUUCCAGAAAAUCAUGACCGGAACGUUAAACAUGAACGAAACGAACUUCCGCGUGCAGGCGAUCCAGGUGCCGGAACUGUUGGGCGGAUCGCGCAGCUGUCGAAACUGAGGGGUUUUCUGAGUGUGAAGGUGAGAGUGUGCCUGUGCGUGUGCUUGAGGACAUUUAGACAUAAGUUUGAAAGUGUGGUGCAAAAUACAUCGUAAGACUAUUGUGA